GAGAAAAGAACUAUUUACUGUUGAUGCGUUGCGAUCUGCUGAGUCAUGGGUGGCUGAGAACCAGAGAAUGGUACAUGCCAUUGAGAGCCGGUGCUCUAGAAUGGUUGACCUGUUGCUUGCUAUCCCUUAGGCUGCCACCAUCCGAGAAUUAGAGUCCCGAUGAUCGCUACCUUGCCAUGCACUCUGUCCGUAUCUAAUACCUUUACGUUAAAGGAAAUGUGUCAAGAACUGGACAGUCUCAGAACGGCUGUGCCAGGCUCUGGGGGUGUCGACCUACCCCAGAUGCUGGACGAUAUCGCUCAACUUCGAAGACAGUCAUCUGAUGCUCAGACUUUCGUCAAAUCUCUUUUCGACACCGAUGGAAAUUACCGCUUCAAAUUGCGUGACGUUCGACAACUCUUGAAAGAAGCGCAGGAUGAGAUUGAAGUCCUGAGCCAAGAUAACAAUAAUAAUACGUCAAAACCCAAAUGUUACACAUUAAUAAACUGCAUCGAUAACUUCCUCGAAGAAACUGAGGUGUUGAAGGUGGUUCGAGAUACAUUGGAAACUGCAACUGGAGAACUCGUGGAACAGAAGGAACGCACCAAUCAGCUCGAGGCUCUGAAUGCACGCAACCCUGAGAAUAUUCAAGCUCUGUCGGAGAACUUUCAUUCUGAUCUCAAGGCUCAUAAUGCUUCCCUAGCAUCAGACCUGACGUUCCUUAACGCAAGGGAGUCCGAAACAAACUCGAUUAUUCGCUCGAUAGUUGUUGCAAAAGACGAGAUUCGAGAGAAGCUAGCGGAACGCAACCCAGCCAUCUGUCAUAUCCAUACAAUCCCGACCUCCGCUCCGGGCUCCCAGAACUCCGAACUCCGACUUCUGGAGCCCUACUUCCCUUCCGUCACCUUCUCCUUGCCGACUCCCAAGAGGUUAUCCCACCUCCGGCUCGGACACCACCUUCAGUCCGACUCCGGAACAUUCCGGGUCCGACCCCAACCUCGACACCUUCCAGACAAGUACGCAACACCUAUGCUCCCGACUCCGGACCUCCGCUCUGGAAUCCCGUUUGCAUCUCUGUCUCCGGAACCUCCGGUCUUAGCUCCGACCUCAGACUUUGACCCCACCUCCGCUUAUACCCAUUGUAUUGGUUAG